AUGCCCUAUUUUAACCUUGUGAAGAGCUUAACAUCUACCUUUACAAACGUGUACAGGAUAUCACGGUCUCAUCACGCGACGUCAGCAGCGUGCUGUUGCAGCAAAACGCAGAGUGGUGAGCAAUACGCCGACCCUGUCAAACUUGGCUGGAGAGACUUGAAAGGUCUGUAUGAGGACAUUAGGAAGGAACUGCUCAUCUCUCCAGCCGAACUGAAGGAAAUGUCCGAGUACUACUUUGAUGGAAAAGGAAAAGCCUUUCGACCAGUUAUCGUGGUGCUAAUGGCCCGAGCCUGCAACAGUCAUCACAACGACUCCCGAGAUGUGCAAGCAAGCCAGCGCUCCGUAGCCUUAAUUGCAGAAAUGAUCCACACUGCUAGUCUGGUUCAUGACGACGUCAUCGACGAGGCAAGCUGGCGAAGAGGAAAGCACACCGUGAAUAAGAUCUGGGGGGAAAAGAAGGCUGUUCUUGCUGGAGAUUUAAUUCUUUCUGCAGCGUCUAUGGCUUUGGCUCGCAUCGGGAAUACAACAGUUAUAUCCAUUUUAACCCAGGUCAUUGAAGAUUUGGUGCGUGGUGAAUUUCUUCAAUUAGGGUCAAAAGAAAACGAGAAUGAAAGAUUUGCACACUACCUUGAAAAGACCUUCAAGAAGACUGCAAGUCUGAUCGCCAACAGUUGUAAAGCAGUCUCGGUCCUAGGAUGCCCUGACCCGGUGGUACAUGAGAUCGCCUAUCAAUACGGAAAAAAUGUGGGCAUCGCUUUCCAGCUUAUAGACGAUGUGUUAGACUUCACCUCGUGUUCUUACAAGAUGGGCAAACCGACAUCAGCUGAUCUCAAGCUCGGGCUGGCCACCGGCCCUGUCUUAUUUGCUUGUCAGCAGUUCCCAGAAAUGAAUGCUUUGAUAAUGAGACGGUUCAGUUUGCCAGGAGAUGUGGACAGAGCUCGACAAUACGUAUUACAGAGUGAUGGUGUGCAGCAAACAACCUACCUCGCCCAGCGGUACUGCCAAGAAGCAAUACGAGAGAUCAGUAAACUUCGACCAUCCCCAGAAAGAGAUGCCCUCAUUCAACUUUCAGAAACUGUACUCACAAGAGAUAAAUGACAAUUCUUGUUGUUCUUGCUGGCAGCUAUUUACCAGACUGUGCCUAAAGAAUUUUGUCAAAUACUUUGUUUGCUUCAUGUGCAGAUAACCAAAAAAUCAUUUUUUAAAAAUCAUUUCAACUUUACUGGUGGGUAAUUUUUUUUAAUUUGCAAAGUUUAAUUUAAAAUAAAUUAUAUUGAAGAAAGCCAUAACUAAGUAAUUAAACCAUCUGAACCUGUCAUUCUAGCCCUAUAAAUUCUAAUCGAGGUAUCUUGAUGGUUAUAUGUGGUAUUGUUUACACUGUUAAUAUCCACAUGUAAAGCCAUUACACAAAUAAAUAAUCAACGUUAAAAAUUC